CUUCCGUAGAUAUUUGGAUAGAGCAGGACGUAUUUCAUAUAAAAGUGCAUAUUGAACUCUAUGAAAUAAAUCCAGGUGCCCUUUGCGCAGCUGCGUAAUCUGCAGAGAAAAUCAAUGACUAUUUAUUUCUGUAAAACGUUGUUUAUUAAGAUGGCGUGCAUCGCUUAUCAGUGAAUGUGUGCUUUGUUACUUGACUGAAUUAUUUGUGCGUAUCAAGUCCAGUUGUUAGUGCAGUGUUGAUUACAAAACUACAAUGAGUGAACCGAUGAAUAAUUUUAACUACGGCAGUAAUAUGCAGCCAGGCAGUAUGCCAAUGCCAAGCAAUAUGGGCUUGCCACCGCAUGAUCCAGGGUUCCAUUACGUACCUGCAGGAAUGCAUCAAGUGUCUGGAGUUCAGGCAAAUCAGCCUCCUCCGGUACCACCCAGGAUAGACUUGAAUCAAGCCCUCGCUCAACCGUCCUAUGGCAAUCAAAUGGGCACCUAUGGUGGCAUGGGAUCUAUGGGUGGGAUGGGAGCUUAUGGAGGAAUGGGAUCUUAUGGUGGGAUUGGAUCCUAUGGAGGAAUGGGUAUGGGAAUGGGAGGAUAUGGCGGGUAUGGAGGACUAGGUGGUUACGGAAUGGGAGGGAUGGGGGGUAUGUAUGGGGGCUACAACCGAUUCAUGGACAACUAUGAAACAAGGUUCAUACAGAUGGCUGAGGAGCGGUCUCGUCCAGCAUUUGAGUCCAUCCAGAGCCUGGUGAAUGCAGUGGGCAGCGUGGCUAUGAUGCUGGAGAGCACCUUCUUCGCUAUGACCAGUUCUUUUAGGGCUGUUUUGGGGGUGGCAGAAAACGUCGGUAGACUGCGAUCGCUCUUCGCACAGUUCUGGUCCACCUUCGCAGUGGUACGGACCCUGAACUGGAUCAUUAGGAAGCUGAUGGUCCUCAUUGGAAUCAGGACUGAGAAUGAAUUCCAGGCGUGGGCCGAAGCUGUGGCAUCAACACAGCAAAACGGUCUCCCUGCCCAGGGACCUGAGGGUAUCCGCUACUCCGGAUGGCCAGUGAUCAUGUUCUUCGCCGUUGUGGCAGCCGCACCAUACAUCGUGCUGAAGAUGAUGACUAGACUGAACACUACUAUACAGGAGAAUUUGGCUGACCCAGCAACGUGGCAGAAUCCGCCAAAAGCGGUCGCCAAUUACACCUUCACGGCCACAUCUCCUCAGGAGCUCACCCUCCAUGAGAACCAGAUCUUCCAAGUGGCUCCCAUGCAGCUUCAACAGCAUUUAAUGCACUCUGGCUGGCUUAUGGCUAGCACAGACGGGAAGACCGCUGGUCUAGUACCAGUAAAUUACUUUAGAAUCAUCACACCAGCCCCAACUGAACAAAAUCAAGGAAAUAACACUCAAAAUAUUGCCCCUCCUCCCGGUUUACAGAAAAAGACUACCUAAAUUCUUUCCUAGAAUAAACGCCUGUCGUUUUUGCGCUGUGUAGGUGGCAGCACUGGUGAGUUAGGUCUUACGAUAGUUAGUAUUUAAUACUAAUUAAUUAUGCCUGACGAAUCAUAAAGAGUUUAUGGGAUAGAUAGGAUAGAAAAGGGUCAGAGGGAAUGUGUCAAUAGAGUAACGUUACAAUAACUAAGCCUCUGGUCUCAGGUGAGUUACCACGCGCAGUUCGCACUCCAUGUAACCCUUAACUACUUGAAAAAGGUUAGAUAUAAGAAGAAUGACAUUAAACCACCGGCUCUAAAGUCUAACUCGCCACUAGCGCCACUACCAGUUAUAAAAGUACGAUAGUCUGUUUAGGUGUUACGUUUUUUCAAUUACCGUGAUUGUAAUUUAAGUUAUUUUUCCAAAAAUAAUGACUGCCGACUCCACCCGUUGAUUUGCUAUGUCCUGCAAAUAUUUUUUAACAAAAAUAUCUGACGUACGAAUGAUUUACGAAUGUUUUGAAUGAAUACUUCGAUGUAAAUGCAAAUACCAAUAUAAUUGUUAUUGAAAUAAGGUUUAAAAUAAAUUGACGUGGCGUAGUUUAUGAAUUUGUAAAGCAAUAUCAAUGUUAUGAUCCUUCAAAUAAAAGAUUAGUCAAAAGUACAUCAACUAUUGUGUGAUAUUGCAAACAUUGCGUAUAAAAUCGCACUGUCGCGAAGUAAUCUUUAUUUUAAACCUUAUAUUCAUGUACUCAAUGUACAUACUUGCUUGAUUUAAAGGAAAUCAAGUAACAGUAAUUAUUUAUGUACGGGUUUUAUAAAUAAAUGUAUGGAGUGAGACCUAAGUAAUACUCGACUUGACGUGGAAUUGUAAGAAGACUGUAUUUGUGUGCUGAUUCGGCCUUUAGCCAGUUCGACUGGAUUUUGGAUAGAUAUUUAGGAAGGGAUUAAAAGAAAGUGGUAAAUUAUUAACAUAAUGCAAUUAUGUAGCUAAAAAGGAUUUAAUUUAAUUAACAAUGUAUUAAUGAUUUCAAAUGCCAGUCCCUUGCGCUAACGUUGUGCGCAACUUCAUUUGUUAUGCGCAAAUAUAUUGUGUUAAGGGACUUCUGUUUGCCAAUUAUGCAUUUUAAUUUUUUAUUAAACCAGUGGGCAUAAAAAUUAAGCCUCCAUUGUUAACAACAGCUAUAAAAUUAUAUUAUUAAAUAAUAUAUUUUUGUCGUUUAUGAUUUCAUUCAUACCUUGCAAACGAUUUGAUAGGAGACCUAUUUUUUAUGUCCACAAGUUUAUUUAAUCGAUAAGAAUGUUAGAAUGCUCGAACUACAUUUUGAAAGCAAUUACAGGGCGAAAUAAAUCAAAAUCGGUUAUAAAUGAAUGAAACUAUGAUUUAAAAUCGGACCCUUUUCAAAAUGAUUUUUUAAAAUCAAAAAGGGUGUCAAUAAAAUGUGAUGUGUCACAAAAAUAUAAUUUUACUGUGAUUUAAUUUGAACGAAACGAUUAUGCGAAAAUCCUUACUUUAAACUGUCAAAUACCAAGCGGUCACCGGUGACCGCAACCUAUUGUUCUAUAAUUGUGUCUAUAAUGACGG